AUGUCGCAACCACCUCACAAUACCCGGCCCAGCCCUGGCAACGAGCUGUACCCCGACAUGCCGGCAAUGAGAGCACCAUCGAUGGAGUUUGUCUACCGUCUCGUUGCCAACAUGGACCCCGCCAAUGAUUACGAUAUCGCUGAUAUCCAAGGAACCGGUGUUACACGGUCUGUCGCCCACAUUAAGUCUGGUACUGUUAAGGGGCCAGGGAUUGAAGGUAUUGUUGUGGAAAACAGUGGCGCUGAUUGGGCUGAACGUGUUCACUCCCAGAAGAUCUAUUAUAAGCUGGAUGCGAGAUAUGCUAUCAAGACGGAUGACGGACACUUUAUUUACGUCCAAGCUCGUGGUCUCUUCAGACCUGGACCAGGGGUAGAGUUUCAACAACCAGACUCCAUGGAGGUUGACUAUACCCAAGAUGAGGUGGAAUACUUCACGCAAAUGACGUUCGAGGCGGCGGGUAAUAGUCCGUAUAAUUGGAUGAAUGGUAUUGUGGCUAUUGGUGCUCUGCAGUCGUUCCAGGGUGCUGCUGUCAUUGACUGUUGGAGGUUAACGAACUUUCCUGGUCAGAAAGUUGAGGAUAUAUAUGUAGGGCGAUAG